GAUUUUAUUAUGACUACUAAUAAAGAAUCUAUUCCCUCACAUUCAACCAAUCAAAAUCCGAUUGUUACAAAUUCUUCAACUACAAAUUCUGCACGUGAAUUAUGGGAAAUUGAAAAUAAUAUUGAAACAAUCAUAAAUCCAAUUGAUGAAUAUUUUAAAUAUGAUAUUAAAGUGCAUCAAUCAAUAGUGAAUGCUAAACCAUGGGAAAAAGAUCCACAUUAUUUUAAAUCGAUUAAAAUAUCAGCUGUAGCUUUAUUGAAAAUGUUAAUUCAUGCUAGAUCUGGUGGUAAUUUGGAAGUUAUGGGAUUGUUAAUCGGUAAAGUGGCUCAUCAAACAAUGAUUGUUGUCGACAGCUCCCCAUUACCUGUUGAAGGCACAGAAACACGUGUCAAUGCUCAGGCAGAAGCUUAUGAAUAUAUGACAACUUAUAAAGAAAUAGUUGCACGUGUAGGUCGUACUGAAAAUGUUCUCGGUUGGUAUCAUUCUCAUCCAGGUUAUGGAUGUUGGCUAUCUGGUAUCGAUGUUAGUACUCAAUUGACAAAUCAAACUUAUCAAGAACCAUUUGUUGCUAUUGUUAUCGAUCCUAUUCGAACAAUAUCUUCCGGAAAAGUAAAUCUUGGUGCAUUUCGUACAUAUCCAGUUGGUUAUCGACCACCAGAUGAUGGACCAUCUGAAUAUCAGUCGAUACCAAUGGAUAAAAUUGAAGAUUUCGGUGUACAUUGUAAACAUUAUUAUUCAUUGGAAGUAUCACAUUUUAAAUCAGUGUUAGAUAAACGUUUAUUAGAUUCAUUAUGGAAUAAAUAUUGGGUGAAUACAUUAAGUUCUGUGAGUAUAUUAGCUCAACCAGAUUAUUUAGCUGGUUUAACAAAAGAUCUUGCUGAAAAAGUUGAACAUGCUGGAUCGUCAAUGUCACGUAUGAAUUGGGACAAUGAUCGAUUGGAAGAUCGUCUUGCAAAAUGUAGUAAAGAUGCAACAAAAUUAGCUAUGGAACAAUUACAUGCUUUAACUGGUCAAUUAAUUAAAGAUAGUUUAUUUAAUAAAUUUUGAAAUUAUUUUUUAAAAAUGUUUUUUCCAUCAUCAAUAUCAUCUUCUUCUUAUUGCUGCUGCCGGUCUAUUGUACAUGUACACAACAUGGUUAAUGAAAUAGUUAUCUAUUCUGUUUUAUAUUAACAGUUCAUGAAGAAGAAAAAAUAACUUUUACAUUAAAGUUGUAUAAUAAAAAAU